AUGGAUUCUAAGGAAAUGAAAAUUGACAGCUGGCAUAUUAUGAUGAGGAUACGGGCUCCAAAAGAAGGUCCAUGUGACCCUAUUGCUCCUCUGAAAUGGAUAUUUUUUGCUUGCUGUUAUAUGAAUAUUGAGAAUUUAGGUUUUGGGAUUUUGAAAAAUGGUUUUGCUAUCUCAUUCUCUAGUUGUAAUUCUGAAAAACCAGUUUCAGAUCUUCUUUGGAUGCUGAUUCAAGUCGUUGAGCAUGGUCUGGGACAUCUGCCAUUUACAGAAAAACAGGUGGUCACUCCAACUGAGUCCGUGUAUACUGGUGUAGAUUUCUGUAAGAGAAUAUGUGGUGUGUCUAUAAUCAGGAGCGGUGAGAGUAUGGAGAAUGCUCUGAGAGCAUGUUGUAAGGGAAUCAAGAUUGGGAAAAUUCUAAUCCACAGAGAAGGAGACAAUGGCCAGCAGGUUUCGAUUCCCUCUAUUCUAAUCCUCUUUUUUAUUUCUAUUUAAUGUGAUAAACAUUUCCAAGUCUAUACUUUACAUUUAUUCAAUAAGACCAA